UCCUAUAGAAAUUUGACUUUUAAGAGAGGUGAUUGAAAUCACUGAUAGCCGCCAUUUUGUCUCCAAGAGGAAACCCCGCAUAAUCGAAACAAUAUCAUUUCGCAAAUUGAAACACCGUCAAAAGCAAUAAAAUAUCUGUUUGAACUUUAAGAAGGGUUGAUUUAUAUAGAUAUAUUCAAAUUUAACUAAUAGAGACAAUAUAUUUGCCAGUUUUUUGUCGCCGAAUGCAUGUCGAAAAUUGAGUCGGACUUUUGUAUCAUGCUAUCGAUUCUAAAAAAUCCUUGGUGAACGGCCCGCCGGUCAUUUUAAAUCCAUACCAAUGGAAUAUAAAUAGAACUAGAUUAGAGUGUAAUAAUAUUUUCUUCAAUUACUCUUAUGCCAAAUAAUUGAAUACAUUUUCCCAUACUAGCACGUAACACAACCAAACGUGCCCGUCUGAACAUUGAAACUUACAAUAGAAUAUAUUUCUCUGUCUGACUUUUACGCGAUUGAGCUCGAUUGCAAACGACGGUACUUCGUACACGAGCGAGUUAAGUUUAUUAGAUAUUUAAAGGAAAAUCCAAUGGAUACUUGUGUUAUUUGCAAUGAAGAGGGAGAUGGUCUCGUGCAUUGUAAAGACGUAGAGUCGUGGACGAGACUGCAUCGUGCGGCAGUCAUUAGACAACAUCAAACAAUUUUAGCAUUGUCAACAGGUGAGAGCGAAUUUCCAGAAUCACCAGUAAAAUAUCACGUCUCUUGUAGAAAAGCAUUUGUAAACCAGAAAACCUUACAAUCCAUGACAAGGGAAACUGUACAAAGUAGCGAAUCAAGCGACCAACGUAGAAGUAGCAAUCGCAAUAAGCAAGCAUCAAGUAGUAGCAAGUCGGCAGUACUUCCAGACGUUUGCCUAUUUUGUAAGAAAGACAAGUACAAAUCAGGGACAAAAACGCGAGAAAAAUUACGCGGAGUACAAGAAUUUAGAGCGGAUAAUACAAUAAGAGAAAGCGCAUUACAGCACAUAAAAAGACAUACUAACAUGAGUUCCGUUGCUGCUGAGAUUUAUAGUAUAUGUUCAAAGGACUUGAUAAGCAGUGAAGCGCGAUAUCAUUCGUCGUGUUACAAUUCAUUUGUACGCGUAAUAUACGAGCCUGAUGCCACUUCCGAAAGCUCAGCUAACACUACUGAAAACAAAAACGGGAUAGAUAAAGCAUACAAUGCAGUGUAUUCUUUCUGUGAAAAUUUUAUUGCCAACCCAAGAGUGAUUGAGUUUAAAGAAAUAAGAAAAGUACUUGCAGACGAGGCAGAGAGGAUAGGGGUAACAGUGACGGAGUCCCACUAUAAAAACCUGUUGCGUAUGGUAUCAAAUAAAUUUCAAGAGCUGGAAUUUAUCAAUUAUCAACAGAAUAAGGUACUUGUGUAUCCAAUAACGUUAGAGACAGCAAACUUAGCAGUUGAAAACUAUGCACUUAAAACUGAAUUAAAUGCACUACUUAAUCAAACGUCUUUGGAUGAUGAUACUAAAGCCAUGAUUAAUGCAGCGAAAAUUCUCAAUAAAAAGAUAAAAGCUCAUCCCAUUCAAAUGCCAUGGCCCCCUGAAGAAAAAGAUCUUAAUGCCAAUAAGGUGUCGGAUUAUAUCCCUGAGCUACUGGAUACCUUUUGUACCAUCCUCAUGUCUGGCCAAUCCAUGGACGCUGACAAAAGUAAGUCUGAACGCACUGUUCGCCUUAAGAAUUCAUUAGCACAAGAUAUUGUCUACUCGGUCUCCAACGGAGCAAUCAAAACGCCAAAAAGUGUCCUUUUACCAGCGGUGAUAAAGGCUCUGUGUAACAACACAGAAGUAGUUAAGCUUGUCAAUAAGUGUGGUCAUGGCAUAGGGUACAAUCUCAUUGAAGAAAUUGAUACGGAAUUUGCACUUAGAGUAAUCAAUGAACAAACUUUAAGCCGUGUGCUUAUACCAAAGGAAUGUAUUCAACCAGACAAUCCACCAGUUGCACUCAUGAUAGCAGACAACAUUGAUAACUUAGAAUGCACGGUCAGCGGAGCGGGUACGUCUCACCGAGUGAAUUCUAUUCUUACUCUAAAAAGAAAGCCUCCAGACAAUCCAAACGUUGACACUGAGGAAUCUGAACAACCUCAGCCUAAACGGAAAUGUAAGCGUUCUUUAGAAGCAGAUGUAGUCAUAAAGGAGAUUCCCGACUACUAUGGCGGUGCGCGUGUUGGCCCUGGGGUCCUUUCGCAUGUACAAUAUCUCGGUAUUAGAUCGUCUUACAGAGAGAAGGUAAAGAGACUUCACAUGAAAUACCUCGUUUGGAUAGAGGUAAGAAAGCUACGAACACAUCCGCUGCUUCUUGUUCCCGGCUGGACGGGUUUCUUUAUCAAGACCAGAGACAACAUUGUCAUCAUUCAGAGCACAAUUGGAUACCUUGACACAUUAGAUUCCCCUGCUACCGACCUUAAAACCGCUUACGAAGUCCUUCGCCGAGGAUGUGAAAUCAAAGAAAGACUCAACUUGAAGGGCGUGGCUUGUGUAUUUGAUCAGGCAUUCUACGCAAAAGGAAUGGAGAUAUUCUGGAAGAACAAAGCACAGUUUGAAGGCUUAGUAAUGAUGAUGGGCGGAUUUCAUUUACUAAUGACGAUAAUGGCCAUAAUAGGAGCCCGCUUUGGCGACGCUGGUCUCAAAGAUGUUGCUGUGCAAAGUGAAGUUGUAGCCGAGGGCUCGAUAGAUAGUGUUCUAAAUGGCAAACAUUAUAACCGUGCUAUACGCCUUCACAAGAUUAUGUACGAGGCCACAAGUCAACUACUCAUACAAGAAUUUGAGCAUACGUUAUCCGAGAAUGACAUGGAAAUUGUACGUGAGCGUAAGCUGCAGCUGGAACAACUCAAGCUUAACCUUUGUUAUGAUGAGCUGGAAAAAGUCCUCAACAUCCCGCAAGUACAGCAAUGGGAAAAUCUAUUCCAGAAAUAUGUAGACGACCUAAAGCAAAAUGGCAGUGAUAUGGCAAAAUUCUGGCUGUCAUACUUAGAACUUUGCGAGCUGCUUCUAGAUCUCAUCUUUGCUACAAGAACAGGCAACUGGGAAAUGUAUCUCGCUUGCAUUGAGGCUGUUAUUCCCUGGACUUUUGCCUAUGACAGGCAAAACUACUCGAGAUAUCUACUGCCAUUCUUGAAUGACAUGCGCUCUUUGCCAACAGCCAUGCCCGAGGUGUAUGAUGCCUUUGUCGCCGGCCACUUCAGUGUGCAGAUGUCCAAAAACAACCCUUUUGGCCAGAAUGAAGCCGAUAAAACAAUUGAGAAUACCAUUAAUCGAGACUGCAAGACUGCAGGGGGGUACAUUGGCUUCAGUACGAAUUUUGCCGCAACACAAAGAUGGGUUCUAAACAACUCUAGGCGCAGUUCAUACAUGCGCAUUCUUCGUGAACAUUUAUCGCUCGAGUCUAGUGAAAACAAGCCACACAAAGAACUUGCGCCAACGCGAAUAAGAUCAGAUAUGGAAGCAGUUAGAAGCGUGGUAAACGUACUCGAGAAUGUCUUAUGUAGUCCAUGGAGUAGAGAGGCUCAAAGUCUAACUAGUCUCUCUACAGGGCUAGCAGCUACUGACGACGUCAGAGAUGACCUUUUAAAGGCCAAUGCUAAGGGGAAGGCUGCCUGCAAAGAGUUUAUCAAAGAGAGAUGUUCAUCCACUUCCACUCUUGGAUUCUUCGAUCCACUCAAGAAGCUUAAGCUUAAGUCCUUCAAAGACCUAAAGGCUGUGGCCAAGAUCCGCAUAAAAGAUGCUGUGCUACCUAUCCGCCUAGAUCGGGACGUCUUUGCAAGGAUGGCGCUGAUAAGCCAGUUUAGAAAGAUCGACAUGCGAUUGGUAUUUUCGUAUCCCCUUGGUCCAUUGCCCUGGGCGCUAGCAGAUCCAUAUGGAAUGCCACGGAAGACAAACAAAGCGAAACUAGCGCAGCAAUUGGAGAAGCAAGUUGAACUCACCGAUAGCUACCCACGUGAUGCUACGAGUAUCUAUGAUGGCAUGGCUGAGUUACAGAGUUUUAAGCCACCGUCAGGAGCUACGUUUGCUGUUGUAGCUGAUAAGCUCUUCACAGUUUUAACGAGCACGCCAAGCAAGAGAAUUGACGUUGUUUUUGACGUGUACAAGGACGUAUCCAUAAAGAAUGUAGAAAGAGCGAAACGUAAAACUGGAUCGGAUGGGAUCGUUUACCAGAAUAUUUUGCCCGGUUUCCAAGUAAAGGACUGGAGCAAAAUCCUGAGCGUCUCCGCUAACAAGGCGGAAAUUGUUCGUUUUCUAGUGGGACAGUGGAAAGAGAUGCACUUCCGGAACAGGCUACAUGGCAAAACUCUUUUUGUUACUGAAGGAGAAGAUUGCUGGAAAAUAACAUCGACAACGGCAAGUCUCGUACCAGAACUGAAGAGUAAUCACGAAGAGGCCGACACACGUAUGGUAUUACAUGCCCAUCACGCAGGAGGCAAGUGCGUCAUCCACGCAGACGACACAGAUGUCCUCGUACUUCUUGUUGGUCAUGCCCACGACCUUGGUAGCUGUUUUUUGAAAAAAGGGAAGGCGGCAAAACGGAGAAUCGUUGGAGUCUCAGAAAUGGUCAAUCGACUAGGAAGACAAGCAGCAGAUGAUAUUACAACCCGAGAAGCUUGCGAAGCUCUCGUUGGAAUACAUGCACUUACUGGAUGCGACACAGUAUCGGCCUUCGCUUCAAAAGGCAAAUGGCGUCCAGUACAGCUGGCGCUCAAGCACAAGGCCUAUGUCAACGCAAUGAAAGACAUCGGAAAGGAAUGGAGCUUAAGUGAGACGACAUUCAAAGCAACUGAAGAGUUUGUCUGUCACUUAUACGGCAAAAAGGCCAAAAGUGUAGAUUCGUUACGAUAUGAGCUACAUUGCGCAAAAGGUGGUAAGAUUGAGCCAGAGGCACUACCCCCAUGCCAAUCAUCGCUAAGGCUCCAUGUUUCCCGUGCAAACUACCAGGCAGCUGUGUGGAAAAGAGCUACAGAAGCGUGUCCCGACACACCCUCACCUCAUGGGCAUGGUUGGAAUGUAAACACAUCCACCAUAGAAUUUGUAUGGUUGGGAUCUCGGCCCGCACCUGAAGAAGUACUAGAGCUUUUAUCCUGCACCUGUAAACGAAAGUGUACAGACGAUUCAUGCUGCUGCAUUAAAGCUGGAUUAAAAUGCACCGAGAUGUGUUCCCUUAAGUGCAACAACAUGGCUGACGAAGAAGAUGAAAGAGAGAUGACAGAGAGCAAUGAAAGUGAAGACGAGGAUGUUGAUGACGUCGAAUAGAAAAGUUCUACAAGGUAAACCUUGUUAGACAUCUAGUUAGUUAAAUAUAUCGGGCUAGCAUUUAGUAAGCUAGCUAUAUAGAGAGUGGUUUCAAUUAAUCCGUGAAAUAGUUAGUAGACUAAUACGCACUAUGUAACCCCAUUUCUAUUGUUUUCUUUUGACUAUAUCAAACUAUUACGCACUGAAUAUAAGAUUUUGUUUCACGGAUUAAUUGAAACCACUCUAUCACGUUGAAAGUGACUGAGUAUAACAAGUAAAGUUAGAUGAACUCGAUUUUCCUUUAUAUAUAUACGUACAUAACAGUGACAGUUUUUCGAGGGAAAC